AUGUACUGCGCACGCAAGAGUACGAGCUUUCGAGCCGCAAAGCGCUGGCUUAUGGACGAAGUGGAGACCAUCGAGACACUGAAUACUAUGCGUCGGAUGCGCCCCAUCGACACAAUUGCCAGUAAGAAAAAGCUACACGUAUUAGGCGAAUUCUUUCCAUCGGUGGCCAUGGAUGUGCGGCGUGACGUGCUGGUAGCCGCUAACUACUGCGAGGACGUAGCUGCUGCUAUGUUAGGUGACUUGACGAAGGAAGCGGUAACUGUUACCGCUCGCACACAGGACCCUAUGGAGCUACUGUUUGACUACCAGCAUGCGGAUGAGGAAGGUGCGUCUGAACUAGCGGACGAGGAAGACUGGAGUGAGGUAUCGGGCGUCAGUAGUUGCAACGACGCGUGGGUCUUGAUCCAGGAUGACUGGGAGGUCGUGGACAAGAAUGGAGAGAAGGUACGCACCUUUGCGGACGUGCUGCAGGCGGCACCUUUGACGACGCCCGCGGCGGCGAUGGCGACGAGCGUUGAAGUACAGGCGGUACUGCUAUCUCGGCUUUCUGUCGUGGAGCAGCCAGUUGUAUCCAGUUGCAACAAGAUGCUGAAAAAGACAGAGACCAGUCUGGCGCUACCGGCUUACGAGCUGGAGCGUGGUGCAAAGUCUUUUAACUUACGAAAGCGCCACAUGGCGAAGCAUCAUCGCUAA